CAUGGCGGCCUCUAGUGAAACAGUGAAAUGAUCGCCGAGUACACAUUGAAUCGUCUGAAUGCAUCUGUCGAUUUCAUUUCUGCUGCAUAUUACAGGGUUUUACAAUUCAUUAAAAUUGUGAGAGAAUUUGUGCUUUUCAUCUUUGAUUGACAUGAUCAUGGAUAGGCUUCUGCAGUUGAUUUCUGCUCUUAAUUAACACACACCAUCUGGCCAAGCAAAGGAGAGAAAAAUUAUAAAUUCCUCACCAACUGAACUGGUUAAAGUUGUACUUGGAAUUUUGUCAACUGUGAUUACUGUAGAGGUUAUGUAUCAACACUUCCUCAGAGGGUGAUCCAUUCCUUCCCCUGGUGAUCCAUACUAUGUGUAUCUCCCCACUUUGCAGUUUUUUCAACGCUUGAAACAGCAUGAGCAGCAAAACCAUUCCAUCAUCUCAGAGGCAGCAAUGGGUGUCACCGUCCUUCGACGACUUUGAAUUUGAUCUCUCAGCCGGCACCAGCCAGCAGACAAAACCUGCGAUCAAGGUCAGCCAUGGCCAGAACACGCUGCACCAACUCCUGAGUCGAAAGAGAAGCAGACCUGAGGGAGGCUCCGAGAGGGUUCGAACCGCUGACAGACAGAAGCAGCGCAAGGCUACAGAGGCAGACACCUGGGUGGACAAACACACUCCACAGAUACAGAGUGAGCUGGCAGUCCAUAAGAAAAAGAUCGUAGAGGUGGAAGAAUGGUUGAGACGACAUGUCAAGGAGAAACGACCUGGCAGACAGACAAAAGCCCCCAUUCUUCUCCUAACGGGACCAGCUGGGGCUGGUAAGACGGCAACCAUCCAUGUUCUGGCCAAACAACUACAGAUGGAGGUCCAGGAAUGGUCCAACCCAAACACGAUGACCUAUGAUCCAGACAGAGCCGUGCAGGACAGACAAGAUUUCAAAAGCAUUGGUGGACCCAUCAGCCAAUCACAGACGGCUCUGUUCCAGGACUUCCUGACCCGGGCGAACCGUUAUCCCACCUUGGAGCUGUCUGGCGGUCAAGCAUUAAGGCAGAAACUCUGCCUCGUGGAGGACAUACCCAAUGCCUUUCACAGAGACCCACAGACCUUCCACAACAUCCUGAGGAAAUUCACCAGCACCGGUAGGUCACCACUGGUCUUCAUCAUCAGUGACAGCUACGGUGGUGAAUCAAGUGCCUUCAAGUUGUUCCCCAAGGAUGUACAGGGUUCUCUGGGAGUGGACAAUAUAAGUUUCAACCCAGUGGCCUUGACAAACAUGGUAAAGGUGAUGACCAGAAUAGCAACAACAGAAUCCAGUCAGGGUAAACGAAGGUUUGCAGUACCGAGCAAAGCCACAAUUGAAGCAUUAGCCAUUGCCAGUGCUGGCGACAUACGAAGUGCAAUCAACUCAUUGCAGUUUGCGUGUCUUAAAGACACACAUGACCUUGACAGAGCCCUGGUCAGAAACUCAUCCAAAUCUUCCAAGACCAAGCCGAGUAGUAAGCAGACGGGGGGCAAGACAGGCCGACAGACCGGGGAGAAAACAAGCUCUGAAGACACGGCUCUGGCUGCAAUCGGUGGCAGGGAUACCUCCAUGUUCCUGUUCAAAGCCCUAGGAAAGAUCCUGUAUUGCAAACGAGAACCAAAGAUGCCAGAAGACCCUACUUUGCCAGCACACUUGGCUCACCAUGAUCGUGAUAGACUGAAAAUCCAUCCAGAGGAUGUUUUGGAGCAUACUCACAUGAGCAGCGAAAACUUCAAUCUAUACUUGCAUCAAAACUAUUUGGACUUCUAUGAGCAGCUGGAAGACGUUGUGGAAGCGAGUCGUUACUUUAGCGAUUCUGAUCUCCUCACUUGUGAAUGGAGGUCAAGAUCGUCGAUGACAACAUACGGCGCCUCCCUGACAUCCAGAGGUGUCAUUCAUUGCAACACGGCCCGGAGUCGCUGUAAUAGUGCAGGUGGUGGAGGCUGGAAACCACUCCACAAACCCCAGUGGUUUGAAAUCAACAGAAAGUAUAAUGAGAGUUGCGCAGGUGCCAAGGGUUUGUUUGUUGGUCAUUGCUGGACUCCAGUGGAGCUGCAGACUCAACUGUUGCCCUACCUUGCUCUCAUCAGCGUCCCGCUCGAAAAUCCUGGUCAGAUUAAUUUCCUCCAGGAAAUUACCAGAUUUACAGGGAACCGGUUCACGAGGAGACGACGACCUGAGAGGCUUGACGAGAAGGACGCGGUGAAUGAAGAUGAGGAUGAUGACAUCAUCAGUUCCCAAGGAGACAAACUGUUACCCCAGAGAAGACCUCACAUCAACCCGGAACACGCAGACCCCCUGAUGACCAAAACCAAGACAGAGGCUGCCGAAAUCAUCAUCGAGGAUUUUGAUGACUGAGUACUCGUGUUUGUACAGUUGGCCUUUAGGAGAAAUCGUUUGGCAGAGCAGGCUUUCUUGACACGUUCUCUUCAGACCGCUGCUGUGUGAUGGACAGUUUGUCUCUUGUGGGAUCAUGUUGAGGGUAAUCAGUAUAAAAACUGGACUCUCCAGUUGAAUAAACAAUCAGUUUUGUGGUUUGGAACUGUUUUUGCGAACAAGUAUUUUGGACAAAACUAAAUUUUAUUCAGAACAUUACAAGGCAUUCACCUGUUUGGUUUGAUACGAACCCAUCAUUUGUUAUACAGCUCUCCUGUUAAAUUUCAGCACAUUAAGCCAAGUUCAGCAACUUG